CGACCGUUCGACUGCUCGAUACCGCUGAAUACCCUUCAAUCGCACAGAAACAGUCGUGUUCAGACUUUUCUGGCCGCCCACUCAGGCGUUGUGAACGACCCGAGAGCCAAAAACACAUCUUGCUCUCUGGCAUCCGCAAUUCUUGGUCGUCAGUCGGAGCGACAGAACUAAUUUCCGCGCGGAUUCCUGAGGAGAUUGUUUCCGACACCAAAUCUUUCUCUCCGUCACACCUACAUUCCACUGCGCCGCUUGGUAAUGUUGGUUUACCACCCCCAAUGAAUUUUGCUGUUGGGACAAAGCUUCGGAGUCAACCAAAGGUGACCGUUCCGAGCCUAAACAAACUUCACCAAGCCCCUUCAGUGGACCGCUCCAUGGCGGCACCAUCGGCUGACGCUCAAGCUCUGUCAGAACGUUGCUGUCUACCAGUUACAGCACCGGUACUUCGACCACCCCGACCACCUUUAAGAACAACCUCCUUGGUUCGGGGUACGCAGUCGCGGGAGGCAAGUUUUUCGGAUUCCAACGGAAUCCAUUCCGAGCCCAAUGCCGUAUCCAUGGACUUCGGCUGUAAGCGUUCCUCUUUUGCCGAAUCGGAACCCCCUCCGAGAAGCUGUUCAGCUGUAUCAGGAACUGGUGAUCUGAUUGACAAGUUGGCGGACAUUGAAGUUGAGCAAGCCGUUUGUAACAAGGAGACAAUGUGGUGGCUUCGACUACUACCCUACAAGCCGUCUAACUUACCCACAAAUCUUGCGGAUCGUCUACGACAGCGUGACAGUCUUAUCCUUUCCAGGGCCUCACCAAGUACGGUUUUGUCCAAUAGUUCCUUACCCACGUCAUUACCACAAUAUUUUGUACCGACCACCCAGGCUAAAACCUCAGAAUCUCCUAACCUUAUGUCGCAAUCUAUGUUUGAACAGCGUGACCCAGCUGACCGUUUCUCUUUCACAGCUGAGCCCAGUUGUGAACAAAAUGCGAUAAAAACACAAGCAAGAAAAAACAGACCACGACUUACGGUACGGCCGUCCAGUUUGUAUACUGAAAAAGCCGAUUCUACCAAAAUUAUGGUGUCCGCGUCAGUUUCAGACGGUGGAAGUGGAGGUUGCAAUACUCCUCAGAAUUCUCUACAGGAACAGUCUAAAUCGUUUACUCCCACUCAGUGUCCGACCGAAGCAGAACUGCCUUCUGCUGCAUUAAAGAGCGGAGCACAUUGCCGCCCACCGGACAGCCGCUUUCCUGUAGAAACGGGCCAGACGGACAGUCCCCUCUUGGGACAGUACUGUCGCCUGCUUAUUCUAUGUUCCUCAAAUCCAGCGGCACCUACUAAUUCAGGAGACCGAGUGGGGACAACCCGGGAUGCGGCCAGGAGACCUUCGAAAGAUGAACUGACCCUCCGCGAAGAAACUCCUUGCAGCGGAGUUCGACUCAGUGGCCGACCGCCAGGAAGCCAAGAGGUGGUUUAA